CUGUUUACUCAAAUGGUUUCAUUUCCUCGAGUUGACUCCAUGUCUUUUACCGUUAACUCUUAUUGUCAUUCACAUUUCCACUCAUCUCUUCAACCAACACAAAUUAAAUUGUUUAUUCCUCAUAAUUGCAAAUUGUAAUCACCACAAUUCAUCCAUUAAAUCAUGUGCGGUGGAUUUACAUGCACCCGUAAUGCAUUAUCAGCAUUGAACAUUCUGUACACGCUGGUUUCAUGUUUGUUAAUUGCUGUUGCGACUUAUGCUCGAUAUUCAUCAAUCGUUGGUAAUAUUGAAAUUGUUCAAGUUUUCGUAGGAUGUGGUGUCUUUUUGGCCCUUUUGUCCCUCAUGGGCUUGAUUGGUGCCGCUAAACAUCAUCAAGUUAUCUUGUUUUUCUACAUGGUGAUUCUGUUCCUGCUGUUCGUGGUUCAAUUUUGUAUCGCCAUCGCUUGUCUCUCAAUCAGUGACACCCAAAAGCUUGACAUCGCCACCAAAGGCUGGAAUUCAUCAAAUGUUCAAACUCGAGACGAGGCUCAAUUGUUUUUUAAUUGCUGUGGUUUUGAUUCAUCUCCAUUACCUGAUCAAUGUCUCCAUAUAACAUCAUGUUGUAAAUCACAAACUGACUGUCAUUGUACAACCUGUAAAUACAAAAUCGUCACCGCAAUUAACAAUGGACUUGAAAUAACGGGAUCACUCGGACUAUUUUUCAGUUUCACUGAAUUUCUCGGUGUUUGGUUAACAAUCCGUUACAGGAAUCAGAAAAAUCCACGUGCAGAUCCGAGUGCAUUUCUGUGAAAUCAAAUCAACAAUUAACUCAAACCCCCAAAUUAAAUAUUAAUAAUCUAAUCUGCUUGAUUCAAGCCCGUUGGACAAACCAACUCUCCCUGUCCAUCUCUAAUCACAAUUAGACACAUUCCACCAUAACAAUUACCUUAAUUAUCUCACUCUAAUCAAUGUGUCUUAAAUUGCCAAACAACAAAACGUGACAGUUGCAAAAAAAUUGAUUCCAUUGGAAUAGAAAUGAUUUUCUCCUCUGUGAAAACGAUGUUAAUUGUAAUAAUCAACUAAUCACUUCUAAAUUAACCUUCCAUUAGUCUCAAAGAGUUGUGUGUUUACAAGUUAAUUAAAUGUAUAUACU